AUGCGGGCGCUCAAGCAUACCCCUAGCCAACCACCGCCACCCGGUGGAUAUACUGCACCUGGCCACAAUAACGGAGGCGGGUAUUACGGUGGAACGCCUUCUCACACGACUGUGAUCGUGCAAGAUCGUGGUGGCUAUGGAGGCGGUGGAUAUGGUGGUGGCGGCGGUUUCGGGGGUGGAUCGGGUUUGGGUUUGGGAUCCGGACUGCUCAUGGGAUCACUCCUUGGAUAUGGAGUUGGCAGCUUUUUCUCUCCAAGCUAUCAUAGCUGGGGCGGUGGCUGGGGAGGCGGUUACGGCGGUGGAUAUGGUGGAUAUGGUGGAGGCGGUGGAUUUGGAGGUGGAUACUAUUCGGACAACGAUACAAACAUCACCAACAACUACUACAACUAUGGCGACUCGGGCAACAACACCACCGCACAGAGCACCAACGAUCAAACGACUUCGAGCAGUGAGCCUGUUGGGGAUGGUCAAGACACACAUUACAAUGACUACGAUCAGACUGGAGACAACUACGGAAGUGGGGAUUACGGCAAUAAUGACUAUGGAGAUGGUGGAGAUGGUGGUGGUUUCUUUGAUUCAAGCGAUGUAGGUGGAAAUGAUUUUGGUGGUGGAGAUUUCGGUGGAGGUGAUUUCGGCGGCGGAGAUUUUGGUGGAGGAGACUUU